UAUACUUUAAACUUUGUAAUGUUGUAGUUUUUUAUAAUGGUUAGUUUGAGCAUAUGAAAAGUUGCGACCAAUUGUGUGAUUUUUGAAACCUAUUUGAAGAUAGCAUCGAAUCAAUUUAAUUGUUUUACUCACUAUCUUAAUGGAUUGAUUAUAUACAAUGAUGAUACGAAAUGGUUUAAUAAGACAAGUGAUCAAUCCAAGAUCAAUCAUACAACCAACAUACCACUAUCAAUACCGAUCAUUCAUAACUCCACCAUCAUUCAUCUCAUCCCAACCUCAAUCUUAUACCAUUACAAAAAUCAUUCAUAAUUGUAAUGCAUCAUUAUUAUUUGAAAUUGUCAGUUCUAUAGAUCAAUAUCCAUCAUUUAUACCGUUCUUACAACGAUCUUUCGUUUCAUCUCGAGAUGAAGGUACAGGAUUACCCCUUUCAGCCGGCUUAACCGUUGGAUGGAAACAAUAUGAAGAAGAAUUCAUCUGUGAUAUAACUACCAUCAUGAAUCAACGAGUGAUAGCGGAAAGUGUGAAUCAUAGUGAAGGAAGUGAAAUAUUUGAAUUUUUAAAAUCAGAAUGGAAUUUCAAAAAUGUUAAAGUCAAAGGUGGAUUGGAUAAAUGUAAAGUUGAUCUUAAAUUAGAUUAUCAAUUUAAGAAUCCAUUAUAUAAUUCGUUGAGUUCAUUGUUUAAUCAACAAAUUACUGAUAUUAUGAUUAAAGCCUUUGAAUCGAGAGUUAGACAAUUACAAAAGGAGAGACAGAUAUUACAAUGAUAUUAUGGGGGCGUUCAGCCUUUCAUUAAUCUCAUCAUUUAUUUGUAUAUAGUUAAUGAUAAUGAUCAUGAUGAAAAUUAAAAAUUUAAAAAAAAAAAAAAGGAAAUCGUUAAAAAAGCCGUC